AUUAGGCGUAGCAAGAUGGCGUCGUCGCAGCUAACAGAGCACUGGCUAUGUCACACGGGCACAGUCAUGGCGGGGACUGCUCUUGCAGCGCUGAGCGAUCUGACGGGCCGGAACGUGGUUUGGAGUAUGGACUUUAUCAGAAGAUUGACCUGGAAAAAUUACAAUGUCUGAAUGAGAGUGAGGAGGGAAGCGGCAAGACUGUGUUCAGAGCCUGGGAGGAGCGGGGGGAUCGGAGCCGGUUUGUAGAAAGUGAUGAUGAUGAGGAAUUACUUUUCAACAUUCCGUUCACAGGGAAUGUAAAAUUGAAAGGCAUUAUAAUCAUCGGGGAGGACAGCGAUGCUCACCCUUCAGAGAUGAGAUUGUUUAAGAACCUUCCUCACAUGAGCUUUGAUGACGCUGGAAGGGAGGCAGACCAGGUCUUUAACCUAAACAUUGAUACCACUGGAGAUCUGGAGUAUCAGACAAAAAUAUCCCGGUUCUCCAGUGUAUCUCAUUUGUCUAUCCAUAUCUCUAAGAAUUUUGGGGCUGAAAACACAAAGAUUUUCUACAUUGGCUUAAGAGGAGAAUGGACAGAGGCUCAUCGACAUGAAGUGACCAUCUGUAACUAUGAGUCUGCAGCUAAUCCAGCUGAUCACAAAGUAACCCAAAUCAAUCCUCAAUCGCACUUUAUUUCCUAAUCUCAUAAUAAUGUUUGUUGGCUCAACAAGUUAGCUUUUUACUUCCGCAUGAUUUCUGCUGUUUAUGAAUUUGUUCAAAUAAAAACGCCUCAUCUUGAUACAAUUUA